ACCCUGUAGUAUAUAAUCCUGAUUGCCAAACGGUCCCUCUUCUUACAGUGAUUUUGCAGAGUGCGUUUGGCAGAUUACCGAAUAGCGAGGAUGAGAGGGGUGAACAGAACCAUAUUUAUAGGCAGAGCCUUAAGCAGCAAUUCCACCGCCGUUGCCACCCUCCACCGACAACCGCGAGUGGCUCCCUAUGCCACCACAUGCCUUAGUCCUAACCCUCGCAAGAUCUUUCAUCCUUUGGGCCUGUCAAGUCCCUUUGUUUCUCGCAGCGUCACAGGCUUUACAUAUACUUCUUCUGCUGCUACGUCGCUGGCCCAAGACCACCAUGCCAAGGGUUCCGAAGUGGGCUUCAAACCCAAACAAGUCGUCCUCUUCCAAUACGAGGCUUGUCCAUUCUGCAACAAGGUUAAAGCGUUUCUAGACUAUUAUGAUGUUCCGUACAAAAUUGUGGAGGUAAAUCCGAUCAACAAGAAGGAGAUUAAGUGGUCUGAGUACAAGAAGGUGCCUAUUGUGACCGUUGAUGGGGAACAAAUGGUUGAUUCUUCAGACAUAAUUGAUAAGUUGAUUAAAAGGAUACGUCCAGAUUAUGACCUAAAUGCAGACGAAGAGAAAAAGUGGCGUGAGUGGGUGGAUAAUCACUUGGUGCAUAUCUUGUCGCCAAACAUAUAUCGAACUGUUCCGGAAGCUCUUGAAUCAUUUGAAUAUAUCACCACUCACGGCAAUUUCACUUUAUCUGAGAGGUUGGUAGCAAAGUAUGGUGGGGCUGCAGCUAUGUAUUUUGUGUCAAAGAAAUUGAGGAAGAAACACAACAUCAGUGAUGAGCGUGCAGCAUUAUAUGGAGCGGCUGAACAAUGGGUUGAUGCUUUGAAGGGCCGAAAAUUUCUUGGUGGGUCGGAUCCUAAUUUAGCAGAUCUUGCUGUCUUUGGUGUUUUAAGACCAAUUCGCCACCUCAAGUCGGGUAGAGAUAUGGUAGAGCACACACGGAUUGGGAAAUGGUUUUGUGAUAUGGAAGGUGCAAUAGGACCGUCUUCUAGGGCGAGCGAGCAUAGCUAUAAUGAGUGAAAUCUAUGAAUUGAUGAGCAAUGUUAUAUGGGGAGGUGAAAUAAGUUUUAUUCUUCAAGUUUGAUGAGUCUUAGUAAAUGAUAAAUGCUUUGCUCUAGUAAUUUAUCUUGCGGCCAUAGUGGUGAUUUGCGAUCGCAUACUGUUCUGGCAAAUUCUGGCAUGCAUUCAAUAAAAGAUUUCUCUGACUCUGGAACGAUCACAAUAAUUUUCUCUUGCUUUAACUGUUUUAACAUUUUCUGUCCUAUUCAGUUUUUAAGCAUAGGGAGUGAGGGCCAUGCUGAUUUAGAUAUGAAAUCACUAGUAAUAUUCACGCUCAAGUUUUCUUGGAGAGAGACAAAAGGAACACGCUCGAGUACACAAGGAUCAGGGAUGUCUCUUAAAAGGCUAGCACAUGUAAAUUCAAGCAGUACACGAUACAAUUAUUCUUGGAAUUUUAAGCUUGCCUUGCAGUUGUAUACAUGGCUUAGACGAAAAAUAUUUCAUUAGGAACUACCGAACUAGUAUGUACUUGAACAUGGAUAAUUUUUAGUUUAUCAUUAUUAUUUUU